UUGGACCCCCAGCCUUGUUGCCUCUCUACUUCCAGUGGUAUAUCUUCUAUUUUGUUGUUCAGCGGAAGAAAUGGGUGCUGCAGGCAACCUGUAACGUUCACCAAUCAGCCUUCAAUGACUGGUUCAGCGGCCACCUCAAUUUCCAGAUCGAGCACCACCUUUUCCCCACGAUGCCCCGACACAACUACCACAAAGUGGCACCCCUGGUGCAAUCCCUGUGCGCCAAGUACGGCAUCAAGUACAAGUCCAAGCCCCUGCUCUCAGCCUUCGCCGACAUUGUUUACUCACUGAAGGAGUCGGGGCAGCUCUGGUUGGACGCCUAUCUUCACCAAUAGCAGCAGCAGUCCUCCAUCUGGGGGAGGAAGAGGACAACUGGAGCCAAAGCAGAGGGAGCUUGAGGGACAAUGCCACUAUGAAUCAAUGUUCAAAGGGUUAGGGGACAUAGAUGUGUGUGCUCAUACCUGCCCCCUUUGCCUUCUUGGUGCCAAACUUGAGGGAAGGAAGAACUGUUGGGGUUAGGGUUACAAAGCUGUUCUGUUGUUUCUUCUACUUUAGCAGAGGCAAAUGGGGGGGGGAUCUACAGAGCCCAGCAUGAAGCAGGGACCCUGCCCUAGAAUUCCCCUCUUGUAAAGUGUAAACCCAUCUCACUGGGCUAUGUUUCUGACUCUACCCUCCCUGUUCAUCUCUGUGGGCCAGUGUGACCCCUUUCAACAAGACUCAGAAAGGGGGCAUUCAUGCAUAGAAUCCUGAAGCCUGGCACAGCUCCCUGCUCAGGAGCUUAGCUUGCUGCCAAGAGCUGGUUGUAACCAUGUCUGUCUCCAGCUGCUGGGAGAAGCAGGCAGGGCAAAGCCAGGAAUAUGGUUUGGAAAAAGCAUUUGGCCCUGGAGGAUCCUGGCAUGAGUAACUCUGGCUUCCUGUUCCAUCCAGGUUCCAGAGAGAACAUGAGAUCCUAGCUUUGGGCAAAAUGGAUGGCCUUUAAAAAUCUGUUCAUUCACCUCUUUUAAUCAGUCCCCAAGGCUCCCAUAGUUUCCUUUUAUGUCAGUCUCUUAAGUUCAAGAAAGCAGCCAUCAGCACAAGGGGCUGAGGUUUCCAUCAUGAAAGUGUCAGUGCCCUAAGGGGCCGCAUCCCUGUUCCCUGUGUUCCAGUAUUGAACAGUACGAUCUGACCUCCUGGCAACUUGUCCAAGUGUUUUAUUCUUCUGGAGGUCAGAUAGGAAUUCAGGAUAACUUCUGACAAAGCAUGUCAGUCUAACAAUGAAAUAGGGUUUUGUAAUCUUCUGGCUUUGUAGAAAGUAAGAACAAUGUAACUCACCCUUCCGGAGAACAUAGGAACAUGCCCCGAGAGGCCUAACCCUGCACAUCCACGUUCAUGCUCCCCUUCCACAAACCCAUGUGU